UGUCCAUCGAGAACACCAGCCACUAUCAGCAGGUCAGUUUGUUGAGGACAUGAAGAGACCUCUGUGACUUAUCCAGCCAUGUUAAAAAACAUCCUGGAAGUUGAAAGUCAUAAGCCGAGAGAAGCUGACUAGUGUUGCCACCAAACUCCCACUAUUUAAAUUGAGAGACACCUAGUUGCAGGACAUUACAUGUUGUGCUUUUAAACAAGUAUUCCACAAUUUCUGGAUUCUCAAAUGUGAGGCUGUGAGGCUUUGUUGUACGUCAUAGUAAGAAUCAGGUUUACACAUACAAGGAGUCACCUUUGUGUGUUGCAUAGAUACACACUAAGAGGAUUUAAGUAGGAUUCUAAAAUAUAUCUUUUUUAAAAGCUCAUUUUGUUAGAGGAAUUUUAAAGGGGCUGAGUUGUGCAGCUGUAAAAGUGAACGCACUAAAUGUUGAAAGCUGAAAUAAUUUGGUGUUUUUUGGCUGGAUAGAAAAUGAACAUGAAGAUGGGACUUCAUGAAAUACGACCUAUAAGCGAAAUAAUGUUGCUCGAAAAGAUACCACCAAAUUGUUUGCUAAUCGUGUCUUUUUACAGUUGAAGAAUUAACCUGGAAGUGCUUUCUGGUAAGCUAACUAUCACACAGGACAGUGUUAGCAGGAAGCUAUUUGACUUUUCCAUUACUGUUGUGACACUUCUUCAUUCUUAAAGAUGUUGCAGAUACCAACAUGUAUGUAAUUAGCUAAAUGUUAGACUGUAAAACAGGAAUUCAGUUUCAUUAUUUACCAAGAUACCAAUUUGAAUAUGCUUCUAUAACUCUCUUGACGUCUUUUGGCUUUCGUGUCUCCCUAAUGUGUCUCCGCUGCCCCUCACAAGGACACCACACCUGUAUAGGACACUCCUCCUGCGGCAGUGCGUACCUGGAGCUUUGUAAUCCCUUUAUCUGUGCUGCUCAGCCAGCGUCUAAAGAAGACGGACAGUGGGAGCUAAUCUCUCUGGGAAUAUCGCAUAACACCGUUACAUAACCUUUCAUCUUCACAAGAGCCCAGAGAUCAACCUUAGCCUCUCACCGUUCACCUGCAAACCAAAGCUCUACUCAUGGAUACUGUGGAUACAAAUACGUGUGAACAUUUGUCAUCUUUUGAAUCCCUUUUGGCCUCUUUUUGACGCUGUGAGGUGAUGUUAGCAAUUUGAAGGGAUUGGCAUAGAAUAAAGUUAAAACAGGAUUAGAGUUCAUGACACCGCCUUAAUCCUUCAUCGGCGAAGAAGGGCGCUAUGUACGGUGGUCUGUGUGAGGAGACUUCUGCACAGUGUACAGGGGGGACAGACAGGCAGCAUGUGAGAGUAGGAAGGAAAAAAGGUGGUUUCCAAAACCACUUCUGCAUGUAAUGGAUCCAAAGGCGGACAGCCGUUGGAAACUUGGUAAGAAAUCAAGUCCUUUCCUUUAUACUCUUGAUCUCUUUGUUGAAUAAUUACAGACAGUAAACUUGCAAGGCAUCUAUUAAAGCCUUACGUCACACUGCUACCAUGAAGUGGAGCUGCAACAAGAAGAAGGAGCAUUUAACUUAAUUAUUAAUCAAUAGUUUCAGUAUUUAUUCUAUGUAUUAAUGCCAAUGCUUUCGUCUUUGUUAUCAUGUUAAUAUAAUAAGGUUUUGGACUGACAAAACAGUUACCGAUGUAAUCCUAGUCUUUAAGCAACAAAAGUGAACCUUUUACUAUUUCACAAGCUUUUAAAUGUAAAACAAACCGUCUUUUACAAAACAAUAAUUACAGUCUUUAAUUACAGCCUUACUGUGAAGCACCGAUGACUUCUGGUGUAGAAUAUUUAUAGUUGAUAAUCAAGGAACAUUCAAAGGGAUAUGUGUUUGCGGUUAAUCCCAGCUCCUUUUGAAAAUGACUGAAAGGCAUCAGGUGUCACCACUGUAAUGCACUUUCCAGUGAAAUAAACAGAUGAGCGUCUCUUCAGCCUGCAGCAGGAAUGCUGGGUAGGCAGUACCAAGUGGCAAGCACCAGGCUCCACCACAGCCUGUACAGCCUGUCAGACAACUCCGAUGUGGGCCCCGAGGAUGAGGAAGCGUACCCCCUGCCGAGCCUCAGCCCCCUGCAGAAGCUCACCAGAGACAUGUGCAAGGACGAUAAGACCAUCAAGGACCUGGUGGUGGGCCGCAGGGUGGGCUUCUACAAGGUCCGCGGGGAGAUCGGUUCAGGGACCUUCUCCAGGGUCAAGUUUGCUUUCCAUGCUCUGACUAAAGACAAAGUGGCCCUAAAGGUCCUGGACAAGACCCGUUUGGACAGCCACGCCCAGCGGCUGCUCUCCAGGGAGAUCAGCAGCAUGGAGAGCCUGAGCCACCCCAACGUGGUGUGUCUGUACGAGGUGGUGGAGACGCCCAGCCGCCUGUACCUGGUGCUGGAGUACGCAGGAGGAGGAGACCUCCACAGCAGGAUCUGCACCGAGACAAAACUGUCCGACAUCACCUGCAAGAUCACCUUCGCCCAGAUCCUCUCUGCCGUCAAAUAUAUGCACAAGCACAACAUCAUCCACCGCGACCUGAAGGCGGAGAACAUCCUGCUCACCAGCACCGGCUGCGUGAAGGUAGCCGACUUUGGGUUCAGCACGCAGAUCUCCGACCGCAGCGACGCCCUGGACACCUUCUGUGGCUCCCCGCCGUACGCCGCCCCGGAGCUCUUCAGGGAGGAGUGCUACCUGGGGCCCCCGGUGGACGUGUGGGCCAUGGGGGUCGUGCUCUUCUUCAUGGUGACCGGCACCAUGCCGUUCCGCGCCGACACCAUGGGGAAGCUGCGGCGCUGCGUCAUCGAAUGCGCCUACACCGUGCCUCCGUGGGUGCCCGGCCCCUGCCAGAGGCUCAUCAAGGGCAUCCUGAAGGCGCCCCCUGGCGAGCGCUACGCCGUGGACCAGAUGAUGGGCUGCGAUUGGCUCUUACCUGUGGAGUUCCCCUGGUCCUUGGUGCACCCGGAACCCAGCUCUCUGCGGAGCCUGCUGGACUCGGAUCGGGGCAGCAUGGACGAGGAGGUGGAGGAGGAGGUGAAGGCCACGCUGGAGGAGCUGGGCUUCAGCGUGGAGCACCUGCACAACAGCGAGACUAAACACAUCCGCAGCCCCGUCACAGGGGUGUACCGCAUCCUGCUGCACAGGGCCCAGACCAGGAGGGGCAGCGACUGUCCCCCGGUGGUGCGAGGGAUGGUGAGGGACCCCAGGAGGGAGGGGCUCCGUUCCUACAGGGGCCUGAAACAUACAUCAAAGCUCUGUUUGCUCUCCUAAAAAGACUGGCAGAAGCGUUUUUAUAUAUUUUCUACAAGCGUGUAAGUUUUUACUGACAUAUGAUUUUUUUGCGGUUUUGUGCUUUGAUUAUUAUUUUUCCUUUCCUUCAGUGCAACUUUCUGAAAUAGCCUGAGUCUUUUUUUAA